CGUUAGAAGUGAUGUGGAGGUCCCAUAAGUCAUUACGUGCCAGUGGUUUGACAGAUCGGUCCGUAAACUUCCGUAUAGAACCAAACUGGACGUGUAUACCUGUACGUGUAUACCUGUCGGCAUGCCACGUGGCCAGAGAGAACAGAUAUAGGUCCGAUUCCCCUUCACUGUAGGUAUUAUCCUGGGAACGUAACAGAUCGAGCGGAAACCUAGCAGAGAUAAGAUAGACUCGAGCUGACGAUACUUCGGAUAUUACAACUACCAGAAUUAUAACCUUUGUAGUUUUGGAGUAAAAAUAUUCCAAUAAAUAUCAUGGAAUUGUGUGCGAAAAUGUUACUUGGUGUAGUUGGAACUUUGGCCGUCGUUGCUAUGGUUACAGCUAAUGACAUGAACCUGAAAGGUGACGUUCCAGAUGUGCACGUGCUCGUGAUGCAAAGUUCGGAAAAGUGCACGAGAAAAGCUACCAAGCAUGACGUUUUGGUUCUCCAUUACGAGGGAUUCUUUCCGAACGGUACCAGGUUCGAUUCCAGUAUCGACCGACCAGGAGCGAACCCUUUCCAGUUCCAGCUCGGAAUUGGCCAGGUGAUCCAGGGGUGGGAGAGAGGUCUCCUGGACAUGUGUACUGGAGAGAAACGUAAACUUACGGUCCCGGCCUCUCUGGCCUACGGAGAACAGGGUUCAGGUGAACUGAUCCCACCUAACACAGAUUUAAUAUUCGAUAUCGAACUCGUCCAGGUGCAUGAUGGUCCUAAACCACCAAAUGUCUUCAAGAUGAUUGACAUUGACAGUGACAACCUCCUAACGAGAGAUGAGCUUGCGAUGUACCUCGCCCGCCAAUCUCAGAUGCAGGGUGUCCCUAUGGACCUGGCCAAUGUCCAGAACCUUCGAGUACUUGACAACAUCUUCACUGUUGAAGACAAGGAUAAAGAUGGCAGAAUUUCCCACGACGAGUUCACUGGACCAAAGCACGAGGAACUCUGACCUUCAGAACUUUCUUCCAAAGACACUGAACUUGAACAGGACUCUACCUUUUGAAAUGAUAUAAACAUUAACAGGAAGAGUUGAAAGUAACAAGUUAAAGUAAGAAUGUGUAUGUUAUGCAGAAAGAAUGUGUAAAAGUGGUAUGUUUCAAUGAAUGCAAGAUAUGAGGAAGUUUUUUUACUAGUGUGUAUGAUUUUCUAGACUUUAAAUAGGUGUGUAUCUAUGCAGGGAAAUGUAACCCAGAAAAGUGUGAAAUGUAUGAUAAUUUAUUAACAUUCGCCAAAUCUUAGUCCUAGACUGACACUGUGUAUAAGCAUUCAGUCCAAGAUGGAGGACCGAUUCUCCAAAUGGACAUGAGGAACCAACAGUCGCCUGCUUUAAUAUUCUGAUUUCUGAGUCCUUCCUACUAUUUGUACAUUAAGUGCUUUCACCAUGGAGUUACAAAGCAAAGGGGAAGGCUAUAUCAAUCAUGGCUUCAAACCGGUGUUCCAUAAGUGUCAUAGUAAUCGAUAAACAAAUGGCCGUCUCAAGCCUUUCGCCAGGUGUCCAUGGUUACGACUAUCAAAAAAAUAAACAACGAAAAUUUUGAAAGUUCAUCUAUUUAUUGCAUAAUACAUGACAAUGUUAACACGCGAUACGAGGAUGUGAUGACACAUGAGACGAAAUGUGAAAGCAUGAGAUGAGACGUGGGACGAGAGGUGAGAUGAAUUUGUACGAAUGACGAGUGAUAAUAUAUUCAUGCUUGACCGACACAUAAUACAUUAAAACUACAAACAUAAA